AUGCCUUCAGUUAAACAUGUUUUCGCUGCUCUUGCCACAACGGCCUUCACUUCUGUGAAUGCAGCAAUGGGUCCUGCUUGGAGCACUGGGCCUGUUGGCUCUGGCUCUUGGAUCCGGGAGGCUUAUUCCACUCUCAUUCUCCCUGCAUCACCUACUGGCUCUACGGGUGACCUCUCUCUCUGGGUUGGCAUGGGAACUUCGUACGGCGACCUCAUUCAGUCUAUCGCCGAUAAUUGGUCGUCAUCAAGCAGCUGGGAAGUCUUCACUUACACUCUCAAGAAGACUGGAGACAACUCACAAACUCCUAUUCAGGGCCCUUCAUUCGCAGCCAAAGCUGGCGACAAAAUCGGCUUCCACUACAAAUACGAUGAUUCGACUGCAACCUAUAAACAGAUUCUUUCGGUGAACAGCGUCACCGUAUAUACCAUGUCAACUGAGGACGGCCACGCAGAGGGGUUUGGUAGCGCUGUUGAGUGUGCAGAGACCAACUGCGGUACUGUUCCUGCCCAUAGUGAGUUCAGCCAGAUUUUGUUCGUACGGAAUCUUUUCAUCUCUGCUAACGUUUUCGUUUUCACAGGCUGGAGCGGGACCACCAUUAUCCUCAAUACUGCGGAUCCCAAUUAUUCCCAGACCCUUGGCAGAAGCUCCGGUGUCACUGGUGGCGACCUUUCAACUUCUGACGGUGGCAAGACCUGGACAGCUACCAAGAUUACGAUCCCUAAACACACCUUCUAA